GCAAUGAAAACACCAGACACAUCUGAUGUGCAGCUACAUUACGACGGUGAAGCCUAUUUUGGAGGCUAAACUUUGAAUCCCAUCCACAUUCAGGCAAAGGAGAACACGCAUAUUCCCCCUCUGGCUUUGAUCGCCGACACGGUCAGUUUCUGCGAGAGCUACAAGUCGCCGCGAUGUAAUGUCGUGUUACCCGGGAGUAAUGUGUGUAAGAAAGCCAUUGAAGUGAUGAGGUGGAAGAGUCAAAAGGAGGCCGCUGUGGUUGUCUACUAGCUACGUCCUCUAGCCCUACUGCUAGUUGCUGCUAUACCCUAUCAUCUGCCGAGGUGACUGGGGUGCCUCUGGGUGUCCCCAUUCAACGAUCCAUAAACACAAUGUGCCACGCUUGGAGAGGACUUAGCACUGCCUCAUAGACUGCCAAACCUCCUGUGCUACUUCUCUUACUGUCCCAGGACACUCUGACCUUCCACAUUCCCCUCUGGCCAAGAUGAAGGAGGUGGGGUUGUGGUCGGCAGAGGAUGUCUCCAAUUGGUUGAUCGAGGAGGGACUUCAGGAGUACGGCGAUGCCCUCCGACUAACGGAUGGUGCCUCUCUUCUCCGGCUCACUGAGGCUGACUUUCAGACAACGCCUCUGUCACUGGUCUCAUCUGAUGGUGGGCAGCAGCUGUUAGAAUGCCUGGAGACAUUACGGAUAGAGACUCACAUCAAGGCACACAAAAACGGUCAUGCCAACGGGCAUGUUGUGGGGCUGCCAAAUGGGAUGAGCAAGCCCCAGAAAAAUGGCUCAAUGGGACUCAAUGGCAUCCGAAAAGAGAUGGUCCACAUCCCUAUUCCCAACAUAGAGGCUGCAUGCAUGCCUUUCCCUGUUGAAUGGUGGAAGACGGGUGUAGCAUUUGUCUACGCGGUGGUGUGCUUUGUUACCACCAGCAUUGUUAUUUCAGUUGUCCACGAGAGGGUGCCAACAAAGGAACACACCCCACCACUGCCUGAUAAGUUCUUUGACCUGUUUGACAGGGUGGAGUGGGCCUUUUCCAUCUGUGAAAUAAAUGGCAUGCUUCUGGUGGGGCUCUGGAUCAUACAGUGGACUCUACUCAAAUACAGGUCAAUUAUUGGCCGGCGAUUCUUCUUCAUCGUUGGCACACUGUACCUGUACCGGUGUGUGACAAUGUAUAUCACCACUCUGCCUGUACCUGGGAUGCACUUCAAAUGCUCUCCAAAGCUUCUUGGAAAUUGGGAGGCGCAAAUGAGAAGAAUAAUGAAAAUGAUUGCAGGUGGAGGCCUGUCCAUCACCGGCUCUCACACUAUGUGUGGGGACUACCUGUACAGCGGCCACACUGUCAUGCUAACACUAACCUAUCUCUUCAUCAAGGAAUAUUCCCCUAAACGAUUUUGGUGGUACCACUGGUUUUGUUGGACCCUGAGUGCCGUGGGGAUUUUCUGCAUCCUGCUGGCCCAUGACCACUACACUGUGGAUGUGGUGGUGGCAUACUUUAUUACCACACGCCUCUUCUGGUGGUACCACACACUGGCCAAUCAGCAGUCACUGAAAGAGGCAUCGCAGAGCAAUCCUUUCUCACGGGUCUGGUGGUACCGACUGUUCCAGUACUUUGAGGAAAAUGUCAACGGCAUCGUCCCUAGAAACUAUCAGCUUCCAUUGUCAUGGAGAGUGUUGCCAUGGAACCGUGGCGUGCGGUAUAGCCGACUGGACACUCCAUGACCCGGGUUGUGUAAAAGGAGGCAAGGGCUCUGUGGCAAAAGACUUCCCAAAGUGCUGUUUUCACCCAUUAAAGACAGCAUUUUUUUUUAACCUUGCGCUGUCCAUUCACUUCUAUUACUCAUAGCAGACACAUCCUUGUCCAAAUGGCUAGCACUGUGACUCACUUAUUAAUUUGUUUAUAGAUCAUUUCUUUUCCCUAUCCCCCUCUAUUUUACUCCUGACAGAUUUUUUUUUAUGAGAAUGAAGCACUCAUCAUUUUAUUUUUAUUUACCUUCCCCUCCUUGGACUACAUUACUAUUUGUAGUAGCGUCAGGAAGCGUUUCAGCAGACCUCUUAUGUUAUUUAACAGCCAUGGUGACUUUAGAUUACCUUCUUGUUGAUGCAAAAUAUAUUAUUUUCCAAUUUCCUGUCCAAUCUUAUCUAAUAAGAUUUAUUCAGUGCAAAUAGUGUCAGUCUAAUGUUUAUUUGAUAACCAAAAUGCCAUAAUCAGUUUUUUUCCUUUUUAUAGCAAAUUCCCUUUUGUAAUUUAUCCUUGCUAAAAUCCGUCAAAGGUGCAAAAAAGAGUUUUCUAAGUAUUUCAACAUUAUUUUUCAAAAAUGAUGUCGAAUAGAGGAUUUUUAGAUUUUUACCUUUUUCAAGAUGGAGAACUGAGAGCAAAAGAAUCUAAUGUGGUAUGUAGCAUUAUUCCAGUGCCUUCCUUAGCUUGAUUGUACAACAGUUCAAGUAUGUGUCUUGUGUCUAGCUGCCUUGGUUGUUGGUCAAUCAACACCAUGGCGUGAUGUGAUACCUAUUUAAUGGUCUUGUUCGCAUGAAUGUAAGAAUAAUUAUGCCAGCCUUACCUGAAGAUUGGUCUUCCCAAAAUUAAGCGCAGUUAUUCAAAUGUCCCAUCUUAUUUAUUAACCCUUUAUGAUAUCAGUUUGUGUUCAGCUGGUCAGUGUUGUUCUAAUAGGAGCAAAAUGACUGUUAAUUUUGUUUCUUUUUAUUUAUGUCCGUCAUCAUUUCCUGUUCACCAACUGGUCUUGACCUCGUCUUUGCUGCUCAGUGAUUCUCAAUCACUCAGACACUAACUAUCACAUCUGCUGAUUUUCGUUAUCCCUUUGAAUAUUCCUAACAGAAACCAUUCUCUGGCCCUGGACUUAACUUGUGCAUCAGCACUGUAAUGCUUGCACAAGAGAUAUUGUAAAGAGCCCCUCUCUUGCAACCAAUAUCGAGUCUCACCUCAUAACUACUGGCCGGAUGGCUAAUAGAGGAGAGUGGUGAUGAAUUCAGUGUCAUGGAACAUUUUCAGCAUUGUCCUCUUGUGAAAGUAUAUCAUAUUUGUAGUGUCUUGAUGACUAGGGCAGCGAGGGAAAUGUCCAGUGAUGGUGCAUUAUGUGUGCAAUUUCUCUAGUGUGGCAACUGUGUUGAACUCGAGAAUGUUGGAGCUGAGAAAACAGAAGCUUUAGGCAAAGUUUCUGAGCAUGCUUGCUAUUGGUAUGUGCGUGAUAGUUACAGUUAUAUUUGUUCUGCUGAAUUACCCUAUUAGCUGAUGGCCUAUAUGUUCUACAUUGCCUCAUAAAAGCAAUGCCAAAAAUAUUGCAAACUACCUGCUAUUGUAGUUGGCCAAAUAUCCUAGAGAGAGCCAGUGUGGGGAGAAUAAGUGUGGUGCACAGGCAUGGUGCACAAGGCUAAUAAAAUACUUGGCCAAAUGUAUGCAUAUGGAGGAAAACAAAUGAACUUUCCACGAAUGUGAAAAUUUGUCUUUGUUUAUAGUCUUAAGCACACUUGCAUGUUGACAUUUUGUUUAUUCUUUCUUUUACUGUGACUCAGUUCUUCAGAAGAAGAAAACUGAAUCCAAUUUGUUUCUUUUUUAAGACUGAAAUCAUGGUUACAUGACAUUUUCUAUAAAAGGAUAUUUUUUAGAUGGCAAGCUGAACUAGUAAAGAUAAUGUCUGUAAGCCUAUACAACUAAGCUCUGGUCAAACUUGGGGACCUGCUAAUGGUUAACACUAAAAUAACUACAUUAAGUUUAUCAGAACAUUGAUUGUCUGAAUGGGGUAAAGUGGUGUGAAAAUUUCUGUCUCUCAAUGUUAGGUGAUGACACUAAUAUCUUUUGUUGAUGACAUUGACAGUCAGAUAUGUAAGCCCCCCCCCCUUCUCAUGUCAGAACAUUUCUCAGCUGUAGGUAGCAGUAGACUCUGGAAUCUCUCAAUUCUUCUGAUGUCUUAUAAGCACAGAGCGUUCUACACAGAGAACCAUAUUUUGUUUUAAGAUGGGUCAAACCUUUCGUUCAUACCAGGACACUGUACGUGCGUCUGAAUGACCGCCCUCGGUGUGAAUGGCAAUUAGUGUUAAGAGUCAAGUUGAUGUGUUUGCCACCUAGUUUGCCUGUAGUUGCCAAUCAAGCUGGAUUUUUGUUUUUCUUUCAAGUAAUCAGUUUGUCUGUUUCUCUGUGAAACCAGUGAAUCAAUAUGUCCUUGUUUUGUCCGUACAUCAGAUGUUUGUAAACUAUGAUAGAUAAUACAGAGAAUUCUACUCGGAAGGCUUUUGAAUAAAAGAUUUUACUA